UGCUCUCACGACCACAAGCCCAGUCUCAGGCAGGACGUCCCUGAGAACAUCAGCAGCUUUUUCUUUGCUCUCACUAAAUCUAAACAUGUCCUGGACACGACCUCUCCUUCUCACCUGUCUCGUUUUGUCUGCCAUCACCUUGUUCCAUGGAGCCGACACCGCCGCUGUGUCAGAUAAGAAGGCAGCCGAUCCUCAAGGUGCACUGAGGAAGAUCUUCAUGCCAGAGGCAGACGCCUCCAGCUUCUUCAAACGGCGAAGCAGGAGGGCUGUGAAAACUCAAGAUGAGAUAAACGCUGAACAGAGACAGAGGCUGGCCGCAGAUGAGAGAAGGAGGGAGUAUCAUGAGGAACAGAGGAAUGAGUUUGAAAGUUAUGCCGAAGAGGAGCAUGAUGAGCAAGACGAGCGCACCAGAGAGAAGACAGAGCAGUGGAGAGAGUUUCACUACGACGGCCUCGACCCAUCUUACGAAUACAACCGACACACGGUGUAAAACAGCGGAUAACUACAAGCAAACGGGUAGAGAGCUUUACAGUACUUUACAGCAUAUUUCUGUGGCACAAUGUCUGUAGUAAACAUGCGCACAAUCGCGCAAAAGAAAGUAGAUGUCUAUGUGUAUUCAUGCAUGCAGAACGUAUGUAAUCCAUGUAUCAUAGUUCUUUAAAAUUAUGUACAUUUAUUCAUAUCAUACGUAGGCUUUUAUAACCCUCACUGUACGACUAAUAGAAUAACUCGCUAGUUGUUAUUUCAUGGCUAGUUUAUAAUGUACUGUACAUUUCCUCACACACUGACGGAAGUCAGCACAAGUUACAUUGAAUCUGUAACUUAAAGUUUUUUAAUGAUUAUUCAUUUUAACCUUAUUUCAAAGUAACCCGAUUUUUGGAGUGUUACAUUAACAUUUAAUACAAGCAGUAUUGCAGUAUGAGCAAAUAUUUCAUGUUGUAAAUCUUUGUAACAGUCUGAAUCACAAAACUCAACAAUAAAACAGGUGUUAUCAUUGUG